UUCCGCUAGUUGCACACAUCCCUUUUAACCCCUGCACCUUUUCCGAACCAGACGAUGUUACCGAUACGUUACACCUAUGCAGUGCUACUUCCCUACGUGAUUAUCAUUCUACUAGCUUCAUCAGACGGAAGGAGAGAAAAAAAAGGUGUCCAAAAGGAACUCGUCGGACGGCACUGCUUCCUUGGUCCAGUGGAAAAAAAAAAAAAAAAAAACUGGAGUCAAAGUUGGACGUAAAAUUGAAAUUCACCUUAAAAUCGACACCAACAACAACACCAGCGCCUACGACAACGUCGAAUUUGGAACCGCCCUUCCCGUACGACAGUGUGAGAAUAGGCCAGGGGUAUGACAUUCACCAGAUACGGGUUGGUCCCCCCGAAGACAUCACCGCGGAUUCCUCUGCUGAUGCGAUUAAGCAAAACUUCAAAAGGCUGACCAUCGGGGGGGUGCAAGUGGAUACCAUUUCCGUCCUUUCGCACAGCGAUGGAGACGUCAUUUUUCACGCAUUAGUGGACGCCCUACUUGGCGGCAUUAAUUGUUCGGACCUGGGAACCCUCUUCCCUGAUGGCUCGGAAAAAUAUAAAAAUAAAAAGUCACUUUCCUUUUUAAGAUAUGCCAGACUACUUUUGCAUAAAAGGAAUUACGCCAUCGCAAAUUUAGACAUAAUCGUCAUUGCGGAGGUUCCCAAAAUAAGUCCCAUUCGCGCGGAAAUUGUUCGAAACAUAUCUUCUGCUCUGGGGAUCUCGGAGUCGCAGGUCUCCCUCAAAGGAAAAACACACGAAAAACUCGGCCCCAUCGGACAGAAGCAGGCAAUCGAGUGCUUCGCAAACGCGCUCUUAAUUCGAAAAAAAUCAGAAAAAAUUU